AUGAGCGUAGAAGGAAAAUUCGAGAGAAAUGUAGGUUAUGGUGUCGAACACCCGGUGUUCUUGUGGAGUAGCAUCUAUACAUUCACGGUAUGCUUCUUCUGGCUUUUGGGUUAUUUAAGCAUAAAAAGUAGAAAUGGGUGGAAAUCAAAUAAAAUAAAUUGGGACGAGGAGGUUGUAGUCAUAACUGGAGGAUCAAGUGGUUUGGGAAGCCUGUUAGCCGAAACAAUGGCCAUCAGAAACACUACCGUAGUCAUAUUAGAUGUUAGACCUCCGGAGGUAGAACACGGCAUGUUUAACAUUACUUAUUACGAGUGUGACGUGUCAAAAUUCGAAAACGUGCAAAGUGUUGCCAGAAAGAUCGUAGAAGAUGUGGGUCAUCCAACCAUUCUCAUCAACAAUGCUGGCAUCGUCAAAGGGAAAACCAUUUUGGAUGAAUCCGAAGCUGAAAUAUUAGAGACCAUAAGUACAAACCUACUGUCGGUCUUCUGGACUACCAAAGUGUUCUUACCCGAGAUGAUCAAGACCAAAUACGGUCAUAUAGUGAACAUAUCAUCUGUUACCGGAUUUUCUGGAAUAGCUCAAUUGGCCGAUUAUAGUGCUAGUAAAGCAGCACUAAUUUCUUUUCACGAAUCUCUUCGACGCGAAUUGGACACUCGGUAUGACGCGAAAACUGUCCGUACAACCCUAGUCUGUCCGGGGGAAAUGAAAACAGGAAUGUUUGAUGGUAUCAAAAUAAAAUUUCCCUUCAUUACACCUCCAUUGGCGCCACUAGAUGUGGUGAAACCUAUAAUAACUGCUCUAGAUAAGGACCAAAGUCAAGAUAUUUUGACGCCUUACUAUGUUAAUCUUGCGCCAGCGUUAAGAUUUCUUCCAUCAUUCGUUCAAGAUCUGACUAAUCAG